CUGCUCAUAUCUACCGGAUAACCACGGUUCCACCCCCUUGAGUUCUUGAAUUCUCUCUCUGUCUCUCUCGGAUUUGCAACUUCAAUAACAAUGAGAAAACCUUCUUGUGAUAAAAAGGACACUAACAAAGGAGCUUGGUCAAAACAAGAGGACCAAAAACUCAUGGAGUACAUUCACAAACACGGCGAGGGUUGCUGGAAUGCUCUACCUGAGGCUGCAGGUCUACUUCGUUGCGGUAAAAGUUGUAGGCUUAGAUGGCUAAACUAUUUAAGGCCAGACCUUAAAAGAGGCAACUUUGAUGAAGAUGAAGAUGAUCUCAUCAUCCGCCUUCAUGCACUCCUAGGCAAUAGAUGGUCAUUGAUUGCUGGGAGACUGCCAGGACGUACGGACAAUGAAGUGAAGAACUACUGGAAUUUUCAUUUGAAGAAAAAGCUUAUAAACAUGGGUAUCGAUCCUAAUCGUCAUGGUUUAAAUCAUAGUCUUCCUCGCCAAAGUCACGGUGCAUCAACUCGUACAUCAUCCACCUCGAAAAGCCGGGCAUGUCAGACUGUGAACUAUGAUAAUCAGGCAUGCAAUAGUGACACUGUUUUAGAAGAUGAACCGCCAGGGUUGCCUGAUCUGAACCUUGGUGGUCUCAACUUUCCCACCCAUUGAAUUGCCAUUGUUGAAGAGGAGAGAAAACAUGAGCCCGCAGCAUCCCCAACACUUUUAUUUAGCUGAUUAAUUAGUAAUAUGUACUUUGCAGAAUAUUGUUAAUAUGCACAUUUUAUUUUUGUUCUCCACAUAUUAAAAUAGAAAGAGGAAACUUGUAUAAAAAAAAAAUACUAUUAUUUGGAC